GCGACGCCGUGAAUUUCGGCCCGGCCGCCGGCAAUCGGGCUAAUUGCAUCCUUGGCCGGCCGGCCGCGCUGGAUGGGACAGGAGCCAAUUAUGGGACAGAAUGUCGGCCGGCCGACGCUGAUUGGCUGGCCGGCCGGCUGGCUCCGCCCACCGUGGAUUGUGUCCUCCGACGCUCUCUGUCGUUCUAGCCGGGCCUUAUUGAAUUACAAUCAUCAUUUGAUUUUUGCCCGGCCGAGCGGCCACACUGGUGUUAUAUGCUCAUAAUUUGAUAUAGCUUGUGAUUGAAUUACAACUAUCUUACCGGUGCUUUACACGUCGUUCGCAUCGUGCAAGACGUCGGCGGAGACAUUGAACUGCUCCUUGGUCGCCGAUAACCGGUUUGUGACUGUUUGCGACCGGCCGGGGCCGCGCGACGGACGACACCAUGGACUACGCUUACCUGAACCAGGGCGGGUUCGAUCCGAACGGCUCUCUAGCCUCCAUGGAUCCAUCCGGACUGUCCAACAUGACCUACAGCUACAGCGAGCUGGCCAGCUGCAACCAGAUGAGCCAGGCGUACCGCUACUCGGCGGCCGCGGCGGCGGCUGGUAUGAGGCCGUACACGCCGGCCAUGGCCGCCCCGGCACCCUGCGGCGUCAUGAGCCGACCUCAGGAGCACCACCGGCCGCCCUUCCAUCACGGCAUGAACCUACAGGGCCUGCCUUACAAAAUGUACAGCGCCCACGACUCGAUGCUGACUGAGAAGCGUAAGCAGCGUCGGAUCCGCACCACCUUCACGUCUGCACAGCUGAAAGAGCUGGAGAAGGCCUUCCAGGAGACCCACUACCCCGACAUCUACACCCGAGAGGAGAUCGCUAUGAAGAUUGACCUCACCGAGGCUCGUGUGCAGGUGUGGUUUCAAAACAGGCGAGCCAAGUUCCGAAAGCAGGAGCGAAUGAACCAGCAGAAGCAGGCCGUGAAUAACAACAACACAAGUGACUCGAACGGCAGCAGCCAGCCGGCUAAGACGGACACCAAGCCAGUGAGCGCACAAAACAAGGACGCCAAGACGGCUCUCAGUGGCCCGGAUGGGGACGCCAAAUCUCACCCAGUUUCCUCCCCGGACGCCAACAAAUGGGCGCCCGUCGCCGGUAGCUCCACCAGUCCGUCCCCCCUGCAAGCACCGCCGCCACCACCGCCCCCACCACACUCGGGGGCGAGCCCGCCUCCGCCGCCGCCGCCACCGCCUCCGCCGCCACAGACCUCGGCAGGUCACGUGUUCGGAGCACCGCCCCCGCAGAGCGCGCUGCCUGGGGGUCCGUUCUCCAGCCUGCUUAACUCGGCCGCUCCCUACCUGCUUGGGGGUGAGACCAGAGGUCUGACGCACCAUCAUCUAUUCUGAGUGGGAGUGGGCCCGGGGUGGUUCGGUGUUUGGUAGGACAGGUGGCUGGGUGAAUGAUGAGUUUAAGCUGUCAAAACUCCGUCACUAUAGAUUGCGAUGGGACUCGGACGAUGGACUAUCUUGUGGUCAGUGAGAAAGAUGACUCGUGUUAGCUGGAAAUCAACCACGUGUGUUCAUACUGCUUCACUUAGGUAUUCUUGACUGAGAGAUCUGUGGAAUGGCGUAUGCCGCUAGGACUGUAACAAUGAAAUGAUCUUCGCUCAGUGCUAUGUACGCCAUUGCAGUCAAUCAUAUUUUAGACGGCAAAAUCACCUUUUGAGAUGUACGUAUGCGUUUGUCAACCACUUUCCAAUCACCGUGCAUUCCAAAACUGAUGCGCGUUGGGCACACAAGAGCCCUCUGUCGGCCAGAAAUGCAGCUAACCGACUAUGUAGGUGUCGCCCUGCAGUUGCGGCCGCCACUGAAUAAGGAGCGAGGGCUAGUCGCGUUCUUCGAAAUCAAAGACUAGUCAGAAUUAAUAGAAUCCUAGCCUGUCGUCCUAAACGGAAUGUCGAAGAGUAGGAAAAGAUAUGAUGUGUAAGAAGUUGCAUCAUUUGA